AGAAAAUCUAAGCCAAACGGCCAAACAGGGCAUAGCAGAUGAAAAACAAACCACAGUUUUUAUAGUACUCUUCUUCUUCUCUCCCUCUUUCUCUCUCUAGAAACUGUCUCCUCUGUGCGUUGAGACUUUGACAGACGAAACUGAUUGCUUCGGAUUCAGUGAUUCCGUAACGUCUUGCUCACUGUGCCCCGUAACUCCCUGUUUCUUUUCUUCUUGAAACAGAGAGUGCUCUGUUUUCCCCUGCUUCUUGCAGACUUUGAUUUCAGUGAAGAUGUUGGAGAAGAUUGGAGAGUUCAGCAUGGAGAAAGUGAUAGAGGAUUUUGAAGCAAUGACAAGUGAUGCGGAGAGGAUCCAGAAGGAGACCCUCAAGAAGAUUCUUGAACAAAACAGAUCUGCAGAGUACUUGCAGCUUGUGGGACUUGGCGGAAAAACUGAUCCGGAGAGUUUCAAGAGGUUUGUUCCUCUUGUAACUCACAAGGAUUUGGAACCUUAUAUUCAGAGAAUUGCAGAUGGUGAUUCCUCUCCGGUUCUCACUGGAAAACCGAUCACGACAAUCUCACUGAGUUCUGGCACUACUCAAGGAAGGUCCAAGUUUGUACCUUUCAAUGACGAACUGAUGGAAAACACCAUGCAGAUAUAUCAAACCUCUUUUGCCUUCAGAAACAGGGAGUUUCCUAUUGGGAACGGGAAGGCCUUACAGUUCAUCUAUGGAAGCAAGCAGUUCCAAACCAAAGGUGGUUUGGCUGCUGGAACUGCCACCACCAAUGUUUACCGUUGUUCAAAGUUCAAAGAGACAAUGAAGGCAAUGCAGACCCCUUGCUGCAGCCCUGAUGAAGUAAUAUUUGGUCUCGAGUUCCACCAAUCCCUAUAUUGCCAUCUGUUAUGUGGACUGAUUUUCAGUGAUGAAAUUCAGUUGGUAUCCUCAACAUUUGCUCACAGCAUUGUCCAAGCCUUCAGAACCUUUGAGUUAUUGUGGGAGGAACUGUGUGCUGACAUUCAAGAUGGCACCCUCAGCAGCCGCAUCACAGUCCCAUCAAUUCGUGCAGCCAUGUCAAAAUUACUCAAGCCAAAUCCGGAAUUGGCUGAUUCGGUUUACAGAAAAUGUUUAGGACUGAGUAACUGGUAUGGACUGAUACCAGCCCUUUUCCCCAAUGCCAAGUACAUAUAUGGUGUAAUGACUGGGUCAAUGGAGCCUUAUGUCAACAAGCUGAGGCACUAUGCAGUAGACUUGCCUUUGUUGAGUGCUGAUUAUGGUUCUUCUGAAGGUUGGAUUGCAGCAAAUGUCAAUCCAAAAGUACCAAUUGAGAUGACAACUUAUGUUGUGCUCCCUAACAUUGGCUACUUCGAAUUCAUCCCUAUUAGGGAUAGCAAUGAGUUCCUGCCAGUGGGUCUCACUGAAGUGAAAAUUGGUGAAGAGUAUGAGGUUGUUGUCACAAAUUUUGCAGGUUUGUACCGGUAUAGACUAGGAGAUGUAGUGAAGGUGAUGGGGUUCCAUAACUCUACACCUGAGCUUAAAUUCGUCUGCCGUAGCAAUCUUCUGCUCAACAUCAACAUCGACAAGAACACCGAGAAAGAUUUGCAGAUAUCUGUUGAAGAGGCAGCCAAGCUUUUAGCUGCAGAAAAAUUGGAAGUUGUUGAUUUCUCAAGCCAUGUAGACUUGUCCACAGACCCUGGUCACUAUGUCAUCUUCUGGGAACUUAGCGGUGAAGCCUCCCAAGAGGUUCUCAGUGAAUGCUGCAACUGUUUGGACAAGUCUUUUGUGGAUGCAGGCUACAUGAGCUCAAGAAAGGUCAAUGGCAUAGGGCCACUCGAGCUCCGAAUUCUUCGGAAGGGAACUUUCCAAAAGAUGCUCCACCAUUUCCUUGCACAAGGAUCUGCUGUUAACCAGUUCAAGACCCCAAGAUGUGUUGGCGUUAACAACAGCAAGGUGUUGCAAAUCUUAUGUGGCAAUGUAGUUAGGAGCUUCACUAGUACUGCUUACAAUAAGUAAGCCGAUGUAGGUUGGACAUUGUUGGUUAAGUUUCUAUAUGAAUCCAGUAUGUUUCAGCUUUCUUAAGAAAUUAGCUUUUCUCUUCGAGUAAGUAGGUUGUUGCAUAUCUUAACCUAAAUAGUAUGAUGUUUUGGGUUUAAUUCUCCCGAAUAUCUUUCUU